AUGGGCGUCGUGCGCCACGACUGGACCAACGAGGAGGUCGAGGCGCUGUACAACCGCCCUCUGCUCGACCUGGUGUACGAUGCGGCGUCCGUGCACCGCGCGAACCACGACCCGAGGCAGGUCCAGCAGUGCACGCUGCUCUCCAUCAAGACCGGCGGGUGCCCCGAGACGUGCAACUACUGCGCGCAGUCCUCGUCGUGGAAGGAGGACACGGGACUCAAAGCCGAGAAGCUCAUGGGCGCCGACGACGUGUUGGCCGCGGCGCGACGCGCGAAGGAGGCGGGAUCCACCAGGUUCUGCAUGGGCACCGCGUGGCGCGGGCCGAGCCAGGUGGGCAAAGGCCAAUUCGAGCGAGUCCUCGGGAUGGUGAGCGAGGUCCGAGACAUGGGGAUGGAGGUGUGCGCCACGCUGGGGAUGCUCAACCACGAACAGGCGCGGCAGCUGCGCGAGGCGGGGCUCACCGCGUACAACCACAACGUGGACACCUCCCCGGAGUUCUACCCCAAGGUUACCACCUCGCGCAACUACGAAGAUCGUCUCAACACCAUCGCCGCCGUGAGGGAGGCGGGCAUCAGCGUGUGCUGCGGAGGGAUCCUGGGUCUCGGCGAGGAGGAGAAGGACCGCGCCAGCAUGCUCCGCGUCCUGGCGAACCUCCCGGAGCACCCCGAGAGCGUCCCGAUCAACGCCUUGGUCCCCGUGAAGGGAACCCCGCUCGAGAAGCUGGAGCCGCCGUCUGGCUUGGAGAUGGUACGCGCCAUCGCGGUGGCCAGGAUCGUGAUGCCCAGGACGGUGGUGAGGCUCAGCGCCGGGCGCAUCAACAUGUCCGCCGCCGACCAGGCCCUGGCGUUCCUCGCGGGCGCGAACAGCGUGUUCACCGGAGAUAAGCUGCUGACCACGCCCAACAACGAGUCCAACGAGGAUAGCAAGAUGUUCGAGGAGCUGGGCCUGCGCACCGCGCCCCGGGGUUUCAUUUAG